GCUGAGCCACCAGAAAUUAGGAUUGUGGCCAUUGGUGAUUUGUGCUGCCUGGAGGCCGUCCGAGACGAGCACGAGCACCGUUUGGAGAAAAAGAAACACUAACUACCAAAAAAACCACCAAAUGUCAUCAUCCAUUUGCCUAUCCUUAUCGCCGACUUCCAAAACCCUAACGCUGCGCUCCACUUCCAUUAACCGCGGUUGCAGGCGCUCCUUAGCAGUCUCCGUUUCUGACGGCCAUAAACCGACGUGGAGAAAGAGGCAGCAGGUGGUUUCUAUGGCUCCGGAGGAAGAGAAAUUGACUCGCCGCAAUCCCCUCGAUUUCCCCAUCGAGUGGGAGAGGCCUAAACCAGGGCGCAGACCCGACAUUUUCCCCCAAUUCAGCCCCAUGAAAACACCAUUACCACCACCAAUGCCAUAUGAUCCCCCUGAAGAAGAUGAAGAAGAAGAUGAAGAAAAAAAAGAAGAAGAAGAGGAAGAUCCCGAAAAGGAAGAACCCGAAAACCCUGAAAAACAGUCCUGAAAAACAAUAGUAGGUUUUUGAAGGGUGAAAACACCAACCUUGUUCAAUUUUGUUCCAUUGAGUUUUGAGAAGGUGGUGGUACCAUUUGCUUAUGCUCUUAGGUAGAUUGAAUGAGAUGUAACAGUAAUCUAUUUUGGACCCUGGUGGCCUGGUGUGAGUGAAAUCUCAUAAUUUGAGUGGA